CCCACCACGCCCGGAGCUGCGGCCUACAACCCUUGCAGCCGUCUUCCAAGCCGCCUACUGUAUUUCUCAUCAACAUCGGAUCCCUCGUGACAUCCUCAUGACUGCUGCUUCUGUGCUGUGCCGUGGAAGCGACCGAGAGUGCAAUUAGCCAAGGGAAAGCAGGCAACUGUGGCCGGACUGGGUCGUUCCGCCACUUCCUUGAUCGCCACCAAGCCCUGGUGCCGUCGCCGACUUGGGCAGCCAUGUUUGACCAGUCGAACGGCCAAGUCUUCAAAGAAUGGACCCUGCCGCGGCAUGCAAUAUCGCCUAGCGUUGACGGCCUCGACUGGUCUCGGCGACGACCGUAUCCUCUCUUCACACCACGAGGCUCCCGGGGGCCGCGGUCGCUCCUCGACACCGCCAUCAACGUCAUCGCCAAUAACAUCGGAGACAUCACCGCAGAGCACCUUGAGGGCAUACCUGACCGCCUGCAGUGGCACAUUUGGCGCUUUCUUGAGGCGAGGGGGGUUUGCCUGCACGCAUGGAAGCUGUUUUGCAAACUCUUGUUGCGGGAAGACGAUGAGAGGACCCUCGGUCUUUACAGAUUCAGACAGCACAUCUGCAGACCAGUAGAGGGCCUUGGCUGCUACACGCAGCCGCUGACAUCUCUCACCACCGACUUCAUCACUCACCUCGUUAUUGCCGGCGGCUGCGAGUUCAGUACCAAUGAGCUGCUCUGCCUCACCAGUAUCAAAAACCUCGGCGUUCUAGAGCUUAUCCAACCUGCCGAUGAAGUCUGCGCUGUCUUCUCACAGGUGAACGACCGACUUAUCCGUGGCUGGACCGAGAUGGACGAUCCAUUCCCGUUGCUACGGAUCCUUCGCAUUUGGGGUGAUCACGGCAUCACACAAAAGUCACUUCGACUCGUGUCCAAGUUCCCUGCCCUCGCCAUGUACGACAUACUGGGGUCAAGGGAAGACUGGCCGAGUCCGGACGAGCAAGCACAUAUGCAAGGCUGGGAUUUGGCCCAGCCAGCGUCUGGGAUGGAAGACGCUCUGCUACGAUACCUCAUGCUGCUCGCGCCAAUCGAGGACACACGCAACGUCAAACUGCGCGAACUAGCCCGCAGUGUCGACUCCGACCUUGUUUCUCUGUGUAGCGACUCGCUCUGCGUGGUCAAGUUCGUGCCCGAUCGGCAAGCGCCCGCCCUUCUCGACUAUCUCACCGACGCAGCCAAAGUUGGUACACCAGUCUGGGACCCGGACGCCGCUUCCAGGGACUCGAGAUCCUGCCAUGAUGUGGCUUUUGAGCCCUGGGCCUUCUGGCUCUAUUCACUCAUCGGACAGCUAGGCCAAGAUAGGGAUCUGAAGGGGCGGGACGUUUGCCCAGAUCUGCAGGCAGUCGUGGGCCCCUUUGUCCUACCGUCCAAGCCCAUGGCUUGCCUGUUUCUCGGGCAUAGUGGACGAGGAGGCAUCGCUUCAAAGCCAUCGUAUGUUAGUCGGGGUCUCUUCUCUACGACACGGCAAACGUUUACGAGGCCAAGCGUGAUAUACGGACCGCGAGAUGCCAAAAUUCACGUCGCGCAAUGCGACCAGACAGACAAAAUGGAGCACGAGCGCUUAGAGCCAAAUUUGCGACGGCAGAAGAGACAAAGACUGGACGACGUCUUGGAGUCACUCUCGACAUAGACAUUGCCUCGGACGUCGACUUCGAACUAUUGCGGUCGAACGUCUCCUCAUAUCCGUUUCGGCUGUUCAAGCAGCUCUAUUACAGCUUCAAUUAUUGUAGGCUCACUGCCUGUAGCUUUGUUGUAUCAAAGCGAGGAGACACCGUCGUCUACCAGCCACAACGGAUGCCAGAAAGCCAGCUCACAAGCCCGACUGCUGCCUUCCUGAAUGCCACCCCUGGGAGCUCUUGUGGAGUCCGAACGGACGGGCAUCUUCUGGAAAGAUUAUUCGGCUCAUCGUGGCCGGGAACGGGGACGGGACGCAUGCCAUGACUCGAUUUAAGUGGCUCUUGAACCGUCGAUGCCCUUUUUUGGGAUAGAAUGGAUCUGGUCAGGGACUUGGUUGUCUGGGGUUUCGGCACAGCGGCUACAGUGGACUGAAAUUGUGAUACCCAACAGAUAGAUUGAAUUGGAGGCAGGGAG